AUGCCCAAGAUACUGUGUCUUCACGGGCACGGCACAAGCGGAGCCAUCUUCAAAUCACAGACUGCUGCCUUCCGUGCCAAGCUCGAUCCCAGUUAUGUUUUCGAUUUUGUCGAUGCUCCAUUCUCCAGCCCGGGCGCGCCGGGAAUCGACGCUAUCUACAAGACAGAGAAGUACACAUGGUGGCCGAAGUCUACCCCGGAGGCUAUCCGUGCCGCACACCAGUGGGUGGCAGAGUACGCCCGUCAGCACGGGCCCUACGAUGCCGUCUGUUGCUUUUCCCAGGGCUGUUCCCUAGCAUCGACUAUGGCUCUAUACCGUACGGUUAACGGGGAUUCUCGGGUUGAAGAGGAGUCGCUGCCCUUCCGCGCGGCUAUCUUCAUCUGCGGUGGAGUGCCACUGUCGGCACUCGAGGACAUGGGGCUUGAGGUAUCGCCACGUGCCCACGAGAUCAACCGUUGCACCGGUACAUUGUUGAACGGAACGGCCAGACGGCUGUCGGAGCUCGCUGCGAAUCUACACCUGAUCAAGCGGGGUGUUGGUCUCUGGGAUGCGAACGGGUAUCAACUGGUACAUGACCCCACGCGUCGACCGGAUCGGCGCGACGUCUUCGGCCUCGACUUCACCGGAUUUCCUACACACGCGCGCAUCCGAAUACCUACUGUACAUAUCUACGGGUCUAAGGACCCGCGGUGGCCUGCCGCGAUUCAGCUGACUGAGUUCUGCGAGGACCGGCUGGAGUAUGACCAUGGCGGUGGGCAUGAUAUCCCGCGGUCGACGGAAGUGUCCAACAAGAUUGCAGACAUGAUCAGGCAAGUGAUGGGGCGGAUUCAGAAACCACCACAUAUAGGUACCGGUCAAGGGCAUGUGGAACUGAAACAACAGUCAGAUAUAAGUUUUGGGCCGGUGGCGAUCAGUGUCUAG